AUGCAUCCAGGUGGAUACGUGGAAGAGGUACUAGUGGAGUCGACGUUUCCUGGAGGUGCAGUAGCUCAGUUGCGACGAACGUUCGCUUCAGAUUUCAUUCAUUAUACAAGAUCCGUGCGGUUACCUCCCUCCACCGCUUUCGAUAUAUACCGAUGUCGAACCGUUCACCCGGAAACGACGCUUUACGACACCUCGGUGGUCAGCUCCGUGCGCCAGACCUUUGUGUUCACAGAUUGUGAGUACAACCCCGCUUUGUAUCCCAGCUUUCGCGAAGGCUUGUACAACAUCUGCUCGUCACCCAUUGAAAUCAGAAACCCAAUGCUACCUGAUAUCGUCUCGCGCAGAUGCAGAACCAUGGCUAUCAGUCAGGAAACCAGGUUGUAUCAUCCAGUGAAUACACUUGCAUGUCAACCUACGUUGCCCCAACGCUUGGUUGGGACUCGCUGCCCCGGUAUAUCUCUCUGUGCUAGAGAAGAGAUCAGACCACAGAGUAGUAUGCUCACAACAUAUCAAGAAGAAUACGGGGGACAGCAAUGGAGAGAGAUGGAAACCGUCCCGGGCAAUUGUGAUGCGUCGGUUCUGUUCAGCAGUUGGCCACCAGCAGCGUAUUGUCAGUGGUAUCCCUACUUGUCUCCGUCGUGCGUUCCGGGCGCCAUUCAGAGUACAAUUACACAAAGCAGAGCGAUACAAUGUGUUCCUUCUCUCAUUCGACCAUCCAGUUCGUUCGCUCCACUGACGAGUUACAGUAAAGUGAGUCAAACACUUUGCGCCGGUAGGCCAGGUGAUUGGAUACAACACUCUUCUUACUCAACGCUUUCGGGAACCAGAUCACCACACGUGAUUCAUAGCUCCUCGCUUAUCAGAGAAAAUCGUUGUCCGGAACUGCUGACAAACAUUCCGAUCAGGCCCGUGGAACGUUUCGAGUUCGACACUUGUCUUCCAAAUGCCACUGAUCCAUCGUUUCAUCCACCGGGGGUCACCGUUAUGCGAAAAUACUCAGCGGAAUGGGAAGCUCCUCCUAGACCAAAAGCCAGUUGUGUGCGAUGUGCGCUGAACCCAGCUCCUCAGUCUGAUAUCGUCGCAUCUCUCAAUGCCCCAAACUACGCAUGCCGCAUUACUUUUCACUCUGAAGAGCCAAGCUGCAGUUCCAUUAGCAGAGUGACGAGUGUACGGCACGGAAGAGAAAUGGACACCUACGUUGUCUCGUCUGCCAUGGUCCAAAAUCCGCCAGUGAUGCAGACCUCUGACGGAACCUUCUUAGUGUCAGAUACACUAAAGUCAGAAAGCGGACGAUUUGUGGGCCCGAUUCCUUUGGAUAGAACCACCGUUGCUUGCUCUCAAGUUGACCCCAUAUUACAUCCGCAUAGAACCAGGCCGCAAUUUCAACUGCUCGGAUCUUCCCUGUAUCCACCGCCCAGAGGAUGCUUUAUCCGAACCGUCACUGCUACCGAUGUACAACGCGUUAUCCCAAAACCACCACCACCAACCACACCUAACAGGAAGAGUUGGAACCGCGACUCUAGCUGGAACUACCUCAGAGAGAUGCGAGAAUCGAGAGCGCGAAGUCCCUUUGGGUUGUUUCCACGUGCUGCCUCCCCUCUGGGACAAGCAUCGGAUUGCAGUUUCCUGGUCUCUGAACGGUCUGAGAUCACACGCUCCGGUGCUCCUCCGCAUGGUAGCUCUGCGAGUCCGGUGGGUUUUUUCGGAUAUGAUGACACCACUACCACCGUUACGACAACCUAUCGAGCUGACUUUCAGGAUCCCAGAUUGUAUCAGAAGAGAGCUGAAAUACAAUGUUAUCUUGGAUCUAAACUUUUGGAAUCAACCCGAAGCCCAUCACCCUUCGGUCACCCGACAAGAUACGCUUCGCACAUCGGAGUCGAGCGAAGUCACACCGCGUCGUCUAUGAGGCUUUUUCCAACUAUACCCGUGCAAACCACAACCACGGGCCCACGUCUAGAUAAGCCUCAGCAACGAAGAAGAAAUUUGGAACCCAAAGCCUCUCCAAAGUCCCCAAAGGCCCCAUUGAAGUCUAGUAGAAGAAGCCCAAGAAAUACCGGAAAUACAAACCAAAUGACAGGGAAGAGAGAAACAGGAAAACAGCAGCCGGAUCUGCUUCCAUGUGGGCAUCUGAAGAAUCUUCCACAAAAAUUAGAGGAGGUGUACGCCAUGGUUGAACGGUUGGCCAAUUUCCGAUCUUGCGAAUGCACUUUGUCCUCAGAACAAAUUCAACCAGAUAAAGUGCAGACACAACCGAGUAAAUGGGACACAAACCUUGCAGCAAAAUCAACAAUCACUCCACUGAUCAGAGAAGCUUCUACCCAAGUCGGGGAAAGUCCAGGUCCGACACAACCUCCGACACCAACUCAACCAGAGGACAACCAAGCAAAAUACAGCACAUCUGAUGCGAUCUUUGUGACACCAUCUCCACCUACCUCACGAAGCAGAGAAUCAUCUAUUAAUGAUUUGCGGAGGGAACGCCAGGGGAGUAAAACGAUUUUGAAAACCGCAACACCACCAAAAGAUAGAACCCCAUCUGUCGUCAAGCCAUAUGGAAAUUUGGACAAACGGGGGGCUUGGCAACAUUCCAUUCCAAGUAGGAGAAGACGGGGAAGCGAUGAGGGGCUGUCAGAAGAAACUGGACCUGAGAUCAACGACACGUCCACAAUCGACGGCGUCUACACAGAUGACGAAGUGGAAACUGUUGAUAGCCUUGAAUCCACUACCUCUGAGACGAGCCUGUACUCUGCGGUGAUAACGGAUCCCAUACCACUUGGUGUUACAGUCGAAGUGAGGAUCGCGCACACAUUCACUGCAUGCGACUCGGAAAUGGAUGACCUGUUCGUGGACACAGAGGUGGUCUGCAAACACACUUCGCCAAUAUUCAACUACAAGGUAGGUGAACCGGGGUGA